CUUGCGCGUACACGCGUUCCGCGGAUAGGGAGCCAUCCAUCACGCGCACCUUUCGUCAGGGAUGCAGGGAUUUUUUUGUUGUUAUUAUUUUUUUUACAGAUUAAAUUAACUCCAAACCAUAUUAAUACACAACAGCAACAAAAUAGCGUGAAGAGCCGAGUUCAAGGGAUUUGUCCGGAGCUUGAGCCAGUAGCGAGCCCGGGGAGGAGAGACCAAGCCAGGCGGAAGGUGGGGGGCGCCAUGGAGGGGAUGCAGGCGUACGGAGCCGGGAAAGCCGGUGGAGCCUUCGACCCGGUCACCUUCUUCCAGCAGCCUCAGACUAUACUACGCAUCGUGUCAUGGCUCUUCUCCAUUGUCAUCUUCGGCUGCAUUGCCAACGAGGGCUACAUAAACAGACCCAACGAGGUGCAAGAGUACUGCAUCUUCAACCAGAACCAGAAUGCCUGCAACUACGGCAUCUUCAUGGGCUCCAUGGCCUUCUUGUGCUGCGUGGCCUUCAUGGCCCUGGACGUCUACUUCCCGCAGAUCAGCAGCGUCAAGGACCGCAAGAAAGCGGUGCUGGCUGACAUCGGCGUGUCAGCCUUCUGGUCCUUCAUGUGGUUUGUGGGUUUCUGCUUCCUGGCUAAUCAGUGGCAGGCAACUGACCAGGACGACGACCCACUAAGGGAGCGUGGGGACGCCGCCCGAGCCGCCAUCACCUUCGCCUUCUUCUCCAUCUUCACUUGGGCGGCACAGGCCUUCCUGGGCUUCCAGAGGUACAAGCUGGGGGCCGACUCGGCCCUCUUCUCGCAGGAGUACACGGACCCCAGCCAGGAUGCGGCGGCAGGUAGUGGACCCUACACCUCCUUUGGCGGUGACAACCUGGAGAGCCCGCCGAGCGGAGGGGGAGGAGGAGGUGGCGGGCAGGCAGGAGACGACGUUUUUGAUGGUACCACCGGAUACCAGCGUCAGGACUACUGAUAGCUAGCUGAGCUAGACAGGAAAUGGGCUGACUUUGGUGGCAUCUUAUUUUAGAUUCACUUUCUGUUUAAAUAAAGUACAGCAGGACCUUUGAAGUCCAACUCAAUCACUGGUAGAUGUUUAUUUUGUUGGGAUCUAGAAAGAAAGGGAGUCUGGAUCAGUUUGUGUUCACGUUGCAAACUGGUUCAAAAGAGGAUUGCAUACUUUUUGCUAGUCCUUUAAAGUCUGAUGGGGCCUCAAGUCAGUCCAACUGAAAUAAAAGGUGAAGUUAAUAUGGACUACGCUUGUGUUCACAUUGCUAAAUGGUUUUAAAGAGGAUUCAGUUUGUUUUUUAUUUACGUAUGCAUUUUAGGUCUGAUAACGCCUUAAGUAAAUCCUGGUUUCAAAUAAGCUCUGGUUCUUUUUCUUGGUCCAGAUCUGAUAGGCCCUCGGGUAAAUCCAAUACCAAUUCAAGGCAAAUUAAAAUUGGACCACUUUUGCAUGCACAUUGUGAAUUAGUUUGAAAGAGGAACCUGUUCUUUUUUUCUUUGGUUUCAGGUCUGAUAAUUGCCUGAAGUCAAUCCAAUGGCAAUACCAGGGUUAAGGUUAACAGACCACUUUGUGUUCACAUUGCAAAUUGGUUUGAAAAAGGAUCCAGUUCUAUUUGCUUGACAUUUAAGGUGUGGGAGGACCUCACAUCAAUGCUUGUUUCAGAGAGGAUCUGGUUCUUUUACUGAUCCAUUUCAGCUCUAACUGGGCCUCAAGUCAUUCACUUUCUGUUUACAUUGCAAAUUGGUUUGGAAGUGGAUCACAUUGUUUAAACUGGUCCAUUUGUUCCUGUCUUAUGGGGCCUCAAUUCAAUACACUGGAAGUGGAAAUACCAUCAUGGACCAAAAAAAGAAGUGCAUCCUCUUUCGAAACAAUUUGUAGAGCACAAACUGGUCCAGAUUCACAUUACAUUGUAUUUCCAGUGUAUUGACUUGGGGAGGCACGGUGGACGACUGGUUAGCACAUCUGCCUCACAGUUCUGAGGACCCGGGUACAAAUCUGGCCUCGCCUGUGUGGAGUUUUCAUGUCCCUGUGCCUGCGUGGGUUUUGUCUGGGUAGUCCGGUUUCCUCCCACAUCCCAAAAACAUGCAUGGUAGGUUAAUUGAAGACUCUAAAUUGCCUGUUGGUGUGAAUGUGAGUGUGAAUGGUUGGUUGUUUAUAUGUGCCCUGCGAUUGGCUGGUGACCAGUUCAAGGUGUACCCCACCUCUCUCCCGAAGAUAGCUGGGAUAGGCUCCAGCACGCCCACGACCCACGUGAGGAUAAGCGGUUUGGAAAAUGAAUGGAUGACUUGGGGCACCAUCAUGCAUGGACAAGAAGGAUAGCUUUAUCCUCUUUCACAUCAAAUUUGCAAUGUGAACGAAAAGCAGUCCCGAUUCAAAUUGACUUAGGAUUGCCAUAAGAUUGACUUUAGGGCUUAUCAGGCUUCAUCAGACCUGAAAUGGACCAGUUCAAAGACCCGGAUCCUCUUUCAAAGCAGUUCCCAAUGUGAACACAGUGGUCCAGAGUCACUUUGCUGUGUAUUACCAUUGGUUUGACUUGAGGCUUCAUCCGGACUGAAAUUGAUCAGUUAACAGAGCUGGGUCCUUUUUCAAACCAAUUUGCAAUGUCAACACAAGUGGGCAAGAUUUACUUUGCCUUGGAUUGCCAUUUUAUUGACGUAAGGCCCCAUCAGACCUGAAAAAGCACUUGAUCCACCUUCAAACCAAUUCUUAAUGUGAACACAAACUUGUCUAAAUUUCUUUUUCUGUUGUUUCACUUUUUGGCCCACUUUAUAAGCGGAUUGAGUUCAUUUAAAAUACUAUAUGUUAAAAUACCUAUCUUACUUGGUCCCCACCAAAACAAAUAAAACCUCACAAAAACUUAUAUAUAUAUAUAUAUAUAUAUAUAUAUAUAUAUAUAUAUAUAAAAUACUUAACUCACUCAACACAAACCGACUUAAACAUGAACAGCCUAAGUAUGAAACUACAUUGCUGCAUUUUAAACAAAAUAUAUAAAAAGUGUAAAAAACAAAAAAAAAACAGUUAAGUAUAUUAAUGUUUGAAAUUAUACUUAUUAUUUAUAUUUUAGGGAAUUCUGGUAUCAGGAAAUAAAAACAUGGAAAAUUGACAAUGUUUUUGGUGAUCUAUAUGCCUCAACCUUUUCUGUUGCUUGAGGAGAUGUUUUUAUUUUGGGAUAAUAAUAAUAAGAGUAAAAAUAUGUGACCAAACUAUCAAAGUAUAUACACAUACAUACGUGUACUUGAUACUGUGCAAGUGUAUAGCCGUAGACAUGCGUGAUGUUGCCUGUCGAAUAUACUAAAACAAGAAAACGUAUCUAUUUGAAAAGGUAUACAUGUAUGUUUUGGAUGUUGUUGCUUUCAAACAAUGAGAAUAAAGACA